CCGCCAAAGGAGUGAUCGCGUUAGCGCAUGCGCUGUACGACAUAACCUCAAAUGGACUGUCAUAUUUACGCACGUAAAUAAACAAGUGAAUUAAUUGUUUAGUGGCUCAAUUAGAAGUUAGUGUACUGUAUUUUGUAUUACACGUUUUAUGAAUAUUCUUAAGGAUUAGUGACAUUUCAGUGAAAAAACUUGUGCAAGGAAUUUGCGAUUGCGAAUAUUUUCAAAGUGAUGAUCACAAACAGAGCUUUAUAAAAUGAAACUCCGACUCCUAUUAGCGUUAAGCGCUUUUUUACUGUGCGAUGCUAAACUGGCCGGAUUAAAGCAGAUCAUUCCGUCCAACGAGCUACCGCCGAACCCCACACAGAACACACAAGCGCUAAGGUUGCUUCAAUUCGAUACAAAAAAUGCGAAAACGAGACGUAUAACAGAUCAAUACAAAGUGCGACAACGACGAGAAGUUUUCGAUUCGAAAUCGUACGAAUCGAGUUUGACGUGGGCACAUUCGGAGAGGCUCGAUGAAAAUGGAGACGCGGUACUACGAUGGGUGAAUUCAGAUUCGAGUAUCACGUUCCGUCUAGAAGCGAGAACCCGUGGUUACGUCGGCUUAGGCUUUAACUCGGGACGUAACAUGAGAGGGGCGGAUUUAGUGGUCGCUUGGGUGGACGACAGGAAUGGCAACGCUCAAAUUUUGGACUGCCACGGGCUAGAGUUUGAAGAUCGAGCUGUAGCUGACGACGUUCAGAAUUACGAACUGAUAUCUGGCUAUCAGAACGACACACACACAACCAUCGAGUUCCGAAGGCUGCUUGACACAUGCGAUCGACAGGACUUUGUUAUUGGUGAGGAUACUACGCAAAUCCUAUGGGCGUUAGGUCCGUCCGGCUCAGAUGGGCAAUUGCCUAAACAUGUGCAGAGUGGAACUAGACCAUUGCGACUCCUGCAACCAUUGUCCAAGCCUGAUGAUGCUUCAUUGAUGCAGUGGGAUGUUAGAUUACGCGAUCUAAAAAUACCUCACGUAAUGGCAACAUUGUUCUGGUGUAAAAUAUUCAAAGCGCCCGAAUUACCUAGGAAACAUCACAUGGUUGGUUACGAACCUAUCAUAGAUAGUCGACCGAUAAAGAACGGUAGACCAGUAUUAGAGAAGAACAGUCUAUCACCAGUACAUCAUAUGGUGCUUUACGAAUGUGCAGAAGACCCGGAUGAUUACGCAUGGAACGAAUGGUCCAAAGGUGAUGGAUACUAUGGACCUAACAAACCGUCAGAAUGGGCGAUCUGUGCUACCCCAGUCGCAGCUUGGGCUAUGGGAUCUAAUGGUGAAUUCCUUCCCGAAAACGUAGGCAUUCCGAUUGGCAAGCGCGGAGGUGCCAGUUUCUACAUGCUUGAAGUUCACUAUGAUAAUCAAGCACUGCACGAAGUUCUAGACAGUUCAGGAAUACGUAUCCACUACACACCGCGGCUGCGCGCGCACGACGCGGCGCUACUGGGUGCGGGUAUCGGCGUAUCCGCGCUGCAUGUCAUACCGCCCAAGCAACGCCACUACCGCACCGUCGGUAUCUGCGGCUCUGAAUGCACUAAGACGAUGAUUCCUGAUGAUGGUAUAACCAUAGUCUCUGUUCUCUUGCACGCGCAUGGCACAGCGAAGAAGAUAUCAUUGAAACAUAUCAGAGGCAACAAUGAGUUACCUAAAGUGUCUGAGGAAAAUUCGUAUGACGUUCGCUAUCAACAGUCUCGUAUUGUUCCCGGCGGCAGGAAGUUUUUGAAGGGAGAUACAUUGAUUACUGAGUGUACUUACGACAGCACCGGAAGAGAUAAACCUAUACUAGGAGGUUAUUCUGCAACACAGGAGAUGUGCCUAUCAUUUGUGCUGUACUACCCUCGCACGCCGCUCGCCGGCUGCUACUCCAUGACACCGGCUAAGGAGUUCUUUGAAACCUUCGGUGUCAGAGAGUUCUACGGCGUUGAUAUGACACAAGUUGAGAACACCUUCCUGUCAUCAUCAUAUGUGGAAUAUCCGAACCUACCUUCAGAUCAGGGAAAGGAUUCAGAAGAAGGCGGUAUGCAAGGUGACGAUCAAGGUGUUGGAUUCAUGAAGGAAUUAGUGAUAAAGGAGCCACUCGAGUUCGGUAACAAGACGUUCAUGGCGCACUUGAACGAGAUGCCCUGGUCGGAGCCACUGCUCACCGAGCAGAUAGAGAAGACGCUCUACAGAGGAAUGCACAUGACCUUCUGCAAGAAGAAUGAUGACUCCUGGGGAGCGCCCGUGCAAAUACAGACUUAUCCGAAUUUUACUGAAUUAACGAACAACGAUACAUCGGAAAAGUCCUGCAAUUAUAAAAGUGUGAGGCUACCGUCCGUCACCAAAACGAAUGCAGCAAUCAAACUGUCGCUUAGCUUGUCAGCCAUCUUGUUUACGUCAAUAAAAUGGCUGAUUGCGCGGUAAUAUUGAGCCAUUUUUUGUUUUUGUUUUAGGUUGUUUUUUUUUUAUCAAGAUCUUGAAAUAUUUAAAAGUCAGGGCAUUUUUUGUUAUGCGUUUGGAAUUUUCGUUGCAAUAACCGUUUUUGUUUACAUGAAAUAUGAUAGGUUAUGUUUUAAUUCGUGCUGGAAUAAUUUUACGUUUCUACUUCAUUCUAAGUCAAUGAUUGAGGUGAAUGAGAAAUAAUUUGUUAUUUGUAACGAAAAUUCUGAUCAUUUUCACAUGAAAUAUAAAUUAAUUUUUUUUAUUAGUAUUA